AUGCUCGGAGGUCUCAAGGUCACGCUGCCCCAUCUCAGCCUCUCGCGCACCAACUCGCCUUCGCGCUCGGCGCCUUCCACCCCAGCCACGGAAGGACCAAAGUCGGCCGCCCUCCCUGGCACAGUGCCUUCGACGCCGGAGCUGCCCUCCACCGACCUACCCAUGAACCCACCGAGUGUUGAAACCACCAAGGCGAAGAAAAUCCCGUCCUCGCUUGGUCCGCUCGGCGCCGUCCUCCGUCGCUCGUCCUCGUUCAGAGCGAAUGGCAGUCUCACCCCGUCGACGGCGAUCAACCCCGUCCCCGUUUCAGCCGCCACAGCCGCGAGUGCCCUUGCUCCCCGAUCCUCGAGCGACAACUCGAUCGGGCUGACGCCCUUGCAAAAGAGCUUCGGCAGUAAUGGCCACUCGGGUCGUCACGGAGAUUCGUCGUCGUCAUCGUCCAAGAGUCGUCGCCGUGCCGUCUCGGGUGAUCGUCACGAACAUGGUCGCUCGUUGCACAAGGAGACUUCGCGAAGCAAGACCCUAUCGAGCCUCCACAUGGGACCUUCUAGUGCUGGAGGCUUGGCCAUCAGCCACUCGACGUCGCACCCUCCUCUAGGCCGCAAGCCCGGCAAGCACUCCCCGCCCCUUCAUGGCUCCCAGACCCCUCUCGGCACCUCGUCCGCGGUGACUUCCCCCACCGGCGCUGGUGGUGCGGUAUCGUCGACGACGGCGUUGAGCUCCGCUGCAAUUGCGCCUGCGUUGCACCAACUCGAGGAGAGCUAUGUCGGCAAGGUUGGACUCAAGCUCGGUGAGGCUGUCAACAAGGUUUUCGUUCCGGGCUCGGCGACCGCUCCCGGCGGUGCGAGCGAAGUGGUUCUCAACGGCAGGCCUGCACCCAGGGUCACGAUGGCGAGGCAGUGUGGUGAAUUGGUCGUACAGUGAGUUUUACUCGUGCUUUUCACACAGGCCCAGGUUCGUGACGACCAGGCUGACUGUUUCUUGUCUCGACCUUCUUAGGGAAUUGCACGCUGCGAUCCACGACGCUUAUCUGCUGCGAACGCUGUUGCGAUCAUCGGUGCUCAAGUCGCUGUCGCUGUUCCUUACGCGACUUACGACGCUCUUGCUCCCGCCCGACCUCAUGCCUCCUCCGCCCUUGACUCCCAAAGAGGUCGACAACCUCUCGCCCCCGCUGCGGUUCAACCUGACCAUCGUUCGCUGCGCUUACGAAUUACGUCGCUCUUUGCUCGCUGCUGGCCAAAUCCCCGGCAUGCCUGCGUUCGUUCGCGAGACCUUGCGCCCCUGGGCCGACAAGCUCGCCGAGGUCAUGACACGGGUUAUGAACCCCAUCAUCUUGAGCGUGCGCAUCAUUGUCUCGGGCAUCUGCACCAGGGCGAGGAUCCCUUCGGACGAGUCAAGCGUCGUCAACGGGCACUUGUCGUCGACCAUGUCGAUGCUCGGGGUCGAGCACGACGGCGCGGGUUCCAAGCCGACAGCUGCGAAGGGUGCGACGAGCCAAUUGCGAUCUUUGUCAAUGGGUCGAACCACCCCUGCGCCGGCUUCUUUGACGAACUCGACGAAGCACGGUCAUGGUCACGGUCAUGGCGUCGAUGCAAACGGCCUCGCUCUUGGCCCGCUCUGGCUGAGAGAAUUGACGGGCGUGCUCGAAGCGACGGCCAAACUCGUCGCUCGCCUUGAGUGCGGUGGCGACGCCGACAAGUGGCUCGUCAGUGUCGGAACCCAUGCUGUAUGGAAAGGAAUGUUAGAUCUCGCUGCGAGGAAGAUCGCCGUCGCUAUUCCCGGCUCCGUGGACGGCUCUGCGAAGGCACCUGCGACCCCUGGCGCGGAGACCAAGACCCCCGGCGCUCAGAUCGUCCCGACCAAGAGUCUCUUCAAGUCCGCUUCCAAGAAAGGUUCAGUGGGACCAGGUGACUCGCCACCCUUCGGAACGGUGUCGGGUGAUGCGGCGUCGACGCCUUCAAGCCCCUUCGCCGCCACGCACCCCAACGGCACUAGCGUCGUUUCGAGCAUGACGUGUUCGACCCCUGCUAACGACGUCGCUUUUAUCCGUCUCUUGUGCGAACUCGAGUUGCUCGAGGCGCGCUUGAUCGCCUUCACCAAGCACCUCUCUGCUCCCAGCUCGACGCCCAUCUUACCUCCCCACAUGUCGGGAUCCUGUUCGCACGAACUCGCCUGCGGCCUCUGCAAGACGGGUCGACAAUUCGAUGCCGAGUCUUCCGACGACGAAGAUGAAGAUGGAGGGGCUGGUAGCACGGAAGCAGCUCUCGCGCACUCGGCGAUGAGGGAGGCUAUGCAAGCCCUGAGCGCGAUGAUCGUCGUCGUGCGAGCGUCCAAGUACACCGAUGCGCUUUUGAACGCGAUUCGCGAGGACGGCGUCAAGGACGAUCUUCACAAGAAGGACGAGUCAUCCGCGCAGUCGAGUUAUCAGGAUCAGAACGUCGAGGCGAUGACGCCUCUGACGCCGAUGGACCUGAUGCGAUCGCACGAACCUCUCGUUCUCCCUACGACUCCUGUCAGCUCAUCUCCCAAGACGACCAUCGUAGAGGAAAAGUCCGCUUCAAAGCCUUUGGUGUGCCCGACCCUACGCCACGCCUUGGCGACGCUUCCCGACCUGAUCCUUCUGCACCUUCUGGCGUCGCGCUGCCGCCGCUUUUCGCUCCCCCACGAACGUUGGGGUCUCGCCGACUGGCGUGCAUACGAGAAGGAACUCCGUGGCUUCCAAGCAGGUGAAGAAUGGACCGCCGAAGUCGCUUGGGAGAUGGUCAACGAAGUCGCGUCGCGUGAAGAAGAGCUUGCGCUCGAGACGUCCAGAGGAGGCUCGGCGCCUUCGAGCGAGUUCGAAGCACUGGAACUGGUUCGCGAAGCCGCGAGAAUCAAAGUCGGUGUCGAGGUCGGUGGAUCGUAA